AUGUCGACGGUCAAAUCGAUACUCUUUAAGGACCCGGCGUCCACGGAAAGCACUCGGAGUAUUCUCAGAGUUGUUAUUCUCCUGACAAUUGCUGCUGCUGCUGUAGCUAGUAGAUUGUUUUCUGUUAUUCUUGACCCUUGGUUCAAUUUCAGGGCAUCUAAAUACCUGGUCAAGCAUGGCUUCUUCGACUUUUGGAAUUGGUUCGAUGACCGAACAUGGUAUCCUCUCGGUCGUGUCACUGGUGGCACCCUCUACCCGGGUCUCAUGGUUACUUCCGGCGCCAUCUGGCAUGCUCUCCGCAUGAUAUCUCUCCCCGUCGAUAUUCGGAAUAUCUGUGUCCUUCUCGCCCCCGGUUUUAGCGGUCUGACUGCUUUUGCAACAUACCUCUUUACAAAGGAGAUGAAGGAUAGUGGUGCCGGCUUGCUUGCUGCUGCAUUCAUGGGUAUCGCGCCUGGUUACAUCUCCCGUUCCGUUGCCGGCAGCUACGAUAACGAGGCCAUCGCUAUUUUCCUGCUCAUGUUCACCUUUUAUCUUUGGAUCAAAGCUGCCAAGCUCGGAUCUGCCAUGUGGGGUGGUCUUUGCGCCCUUUUCUACUUUUAUAUGGUCUCCGCUUGGGGUGGAUACGUGUUUAUCACCAACUUGAUCCCUCUCCAUGUCCUUGUUCUCAUCUUGAUGGGUAGGUACUCCGGUAGGAUCUAUGUUGCGUAUUCCAGUUGGUAUGCUUUGGGAACUUUGGCCAGUAUGCAAGUUCCAUUCGUCGGUUUCUUGCCGGUUAAGACUAGUGAACAUAUGGCUGCUCUCGGUAUCUUUGGGCUCAUUCAGUUGGUUGCAUUUGUCGACUAUCUCCGUGGUCAGGUCUCAUCCAAGCAAUUCAAUACCCUUUUACGUGCCUUGGUUAUUCUCAUUACCAUCGUUGCCUUCACCGGUCUCGUCACUCUUACCGUUACGGGUGUUAUCGCCCCAUGGUCCGGCCGUUUCUACUCUCUUUGGGAUACCGGUUACGCCAAGAUUCACAUCCCCAUCAUUGCCUCAGUCUCUGAGCAUCAACCUACUGCAUGGCCAUCUUUCUUCUUCGACCUUAAUAUGUUGAUCUGGCUCUUCCCUGCCGGUGUCUAUCUCUGCUUCCGUCAAUUGACUGACGAACACGUUUUCAUCAUUGUGUACUCCGUCAUGGCGAGUUACUUCGCUGGUGUCAUGGUCCGUCUCAUGCUUACGCUGACUCCAAUCGUCUGUGUCACUGCCGCAAUCACUGUUAGCUCUAUUUUCGACACUUAUCUCGAAAUUGACAGCCCUGAGGAGCAAGAGGAUGACUCGGAAUCCAAAAAACCAAAGAAGGAGAAAGUAAAAGAAACCGGUGGAUUCCUUUCUUCUAGGGCACCAUACAUUGGUAUCUACAGUAUUACAUCUAAGGUUGCAGUUGUUGGUGCCUUUUCCGUCUACCUCGUUCUGUUUGUUCUUCACUGUACUUGGGUCACCUCGAACGCCUAUUCUUCGCCCUCUGUCGUCCUGGCAUCACGCAUGCCUGAUGGCUCUCAACAUAUCAUUGACGACUUCCGUGAAGCUUAUUACUGGCUACGCAAAAAUACACCAUACGAUGCCAAGAUCAUGUCUUGGUGGGAUUACGGUUAUCAAAUCGGUGGUAUGGCCGAUCGAACUACCCUCGUCGACAAUAACACAUGGAACAACACGCACAUCGCCACCGUCGGAAAAGCCAUGGCUAGCAGCGAGGAGGUCAGCUACGAUAUCUUGAGAAAACACGAGGUUGACUACGUCCUCAUUAUCUUUGGAGGUCUAUUAGGGUACAGUGGGGAUGAUAUCAACAAAUUCUUGUGGAUGGUGAGGAUUGCCGAGGGAGUUUGGCCACAAGAAGUUCAGGAGAGGAAGUUUUUUACCCAUAGGGGUGAGUACAAAGUGGAUCAUGAAGCCACGGAUACGAUGAAGAAUAGUUUGAUGUACAAAAUGUCUUACUACAAAUUCCCGUCGCUUUUCCCACCCGGGCAGGCGCAAGACCGCGUCCGCGGGGCUAGACUUCCAUCCGAAGGGCCGGUGUUACACACCCUUGACGAGGCGUUUACCAGCGAAAACUGGAUCGUGAGAAUCUACAAAGUGAAGGAUCUUGACCAGUUUGGAAGAGAUCACUUCUCGGUUUCAGCGUUUGAAGGGGGCAAGAAGAAGAAAGGGAAGAAAGGCGGGAUGGCGGGGAGGGCUGCGGGGAAGAGAGGAAGAAGGGUUGUUAGGAUCUAA